CUGCCGUCGCUUUCGUUCGAGGAAAGAGGACGAGAUCAGGUGAGGUGAGGGUCUCGCUCUCGGCAACCCGACGAUCUCAAUCCCAACCCCAUCGUCGCUCCCGCUCACUGCCAUGCCGAUAAUUUCUAAUCCCAUCGCUCGCUCGUUCAGUAGCUCCCAUCCCGACGAAUCGAAUCUCCGUCGCCACCUUGCCUGCUCCGGACGUGGGAGGAACCGGACAUCAGUCAGCAAGAGGGAAGCCCAAACUCUGGCGCCGCUUCCUCUGCACCGCGGGGACAACGAUUCCCGACUCCAUGGCCGCGACCGCCAUGAUUAGGAUUACCACUUUACGUUGCCGCCACGACCCGCUCUCCUCCCUUCCCCGCACCACGUCGGUCGCCCGCUCCUGCACGCUUCCUCCUGAUGGCCGCCGAUGCAGACUGCUCACUCCCCAUUCUUCUUGCUGCUCCCCUUCCUCCUCCGUCUCUCCGCGCCGGGUCCGGGUCAGGGUCCGGGUCCGUCCAACAGCAGCAGCAUUGAAGCGCAUCCCUGGCAGCAACACCAGCUUCAUGGGUCCAGGUCCAGCCGACAAUGGCGCCACCACGCUUCAGCGAUCGUCGUCGUCCGACCUUGGCCGCAGCCUGAUCGUCCCCAACUCCACUGCUGGCACCGGAGACGCCAGUGCUUCCUCAGGACUGCUGCCCGCCAUUCUUGGGGUGGCGCAUCUGCUUGUGGCGCUGGGCAUUGUGUUUGCCACCGACAAGUUCCUCAAACAGGCAUUCGUCGCCGCGUCCAUCAAGUUCCCAAGCGCCCUCUUCGGCAUGUUCUGUGUCUUCUCAGUGCUAGUCGUCUUGGACACAUUCGUGCCUGCUCUCGCCAAGGCGUUCAUGGACUUCUUUGCGCCUGCCACACUGUUCAUCCAGAGGUGGCUACCCUUGUUCUACGUCCCGACACUAGUCGUGCUGCCGCUCGCCGUCAGGGAUGUCCCAGCGGCUUCAGGACUCAAGAUUUUUGCAAUCACUUUUGGUGGCUGGUUUGCUACCCUUGCGGUUGCAGGAUAUACUGUGUUAGCUGUGAGAAAACUUGUGAAGACAGAGCUUAUUACAGAUGCAGAGCCUAUGAGCAAGCAGUCACCAUUUUCUACAUUGGAAAUCUGGGCAUGGGCUGCUAUAUUCGUUGCAUCAUUUGGUGUUGCAUAUUUCAAUCCCACGGCACUUGGUACCACAGCAAGAACAUGCCUUCCUUUCCUGCUUGCUGCUAAUGUGCUGGGAUACAUGGUUGGUUCUGGGUUACCAUCUGGUGUCAAGAAAGUAUUACAUCCAAUCAUCUGCUGCGCACUUUCUGCAGAUUUGGCAGCAGUAGCGUAUGGGUACCUCUCCGGGUCUGGACUUGAUGCUGUGCUAGGUGAUUACCUCACAAAGGCGCCUUCUAAUCCUGGAGCCGGUGACGUACUAAUGGGUUUCCUUGGGUCUGUGAUCAUAUCAUUUGCAUUCUCAAUGUUCAAACAGAGAAAGCUUGUAAAGAGGCACGCAGCAGAGAUUUUCACAUCAAUUGCCAUUGCAUCGACAUUCUCUCUGUACUCAACUGCUGUCAUAGGGCGCCUGAUUGGGCUAGAGCCAUCAUUAACCAUAUCCAUAUUGCCAAGGUGUAUAACUGUGGCGCUGGCUUUGAGCAUAGUGUCUUUCUUUGAAGGUGUAAACUCUACACUAACUGCUGCCGUGGUUGUCCUUACCGGGCUCAUUGGAGCGAAUUUUGUGCAAGCAGCUAUGGAUAAACUUGGUCUGAACGACCCCAUUGCCAGAGGAAUAGGGACAGCUUCCAGUGCUCAUGGACUGGGGACAGCAGCACUGUCAGCCAAGGAACCUGAAGCACUCCCUUUCUGUGCCAUUGCUUAUGGUCUCACGGGAAUUUUUGGCUCGCUGAUUUGCUCGGUUCCGGCAGUGAGGCAAAGCUUGGUAUUCAUAGCUGGUUAAGAGCAGCUCAUGAUGAUCUGAAUUUGAGGGUUUGAUUCUUUUUAGAUAAAAGAAGCCGUUUCCUGUGUAAAACAAGUCAUGUUCAGAAGAUGGGGAAGCAAAACAUUUUGGGUUAGGAUCUAUUAUGUAUAGAGGCUUGAAAAAAAAAGUGAAUAAUUCCGUAAUCAGGAUGUAUAAAAUAAUACUACUAGAGGAUGGUAGAUGCCUAGAUGGAUCCAUUGUUUGUUUGAUAGUUUGUGAUAUCAUAUUUCUCCCUCCCUAGAAACAAGAGAUAUAAAAUGUUUGAUAAA